AUGGAUCCAGGAAGGCCAGUCGACCUGCCCGAGCGGCUGAAGGAGCCCACGCCAGCCGUCGAGGACCCGUCCAAGCAGGACAACCAGCCGAAAAAAGACAAGAAGGAGAAGAAAGAGAAGAAGCCCAAGCCUCCUAAGGAAUCCAAGCCCAAGCCACCAAAGGUCCCGAAGCCGGCGAAGGAACCUGUUGCUCCUCGUGACCCCGAGGCGAUGUUCAAGCAAGGCUUCCUCAAUGAGGUGUAUAACGAGCGCCCGAUCUCCGAAACGCACCCCAAGAUCCGCACGCGGUUCCCGCCUGAGCCGAACGGAUACCUUCAUAUCGGACACGCUCGUGCGAUUGCCGUGAACUUUGGUUUCGCCCGGUACCAUGGGGGCGAAACUAUUCUGCGUUUCGACGAUACGAACCCCGCCGGCGAAGAGGAUCGCUACUAUCAAAGCAUUCGGGAUAUCGUCCACUGGCUCGGGUUCAAGCCCGUUCGCGAAACCACCGCCAGCGAAAACUUCGACCGCUUGUACGAACUGUCCGAGGAACUGAUUCGCCGCGACGGCGCAUACAUCUGCCACUGCACCCAAGCGGAGGUUAAGCUCCAGCGUGGUAUGUCGGAGGAUGGCAAGGUUGGCGGCCCCCGGUUCGCAUGCGCUCAUCGCACACGGCCAAUCGAGGAAUCACUGGCCGAGUUCCGUGCGAUGAAGGCGGGUAAAUACAAAGCUGGCGAGGCAGCUCUCCGGAUGAAACAGGACCUCCAGGACCCGAGAGCGCAGAUGUGGGAUCUUUUCGCCUGGCGUAUUCCAGAAGGCGAGGUUAAGCACUUGCAUCAGCCUGACUAUAUGAUGUUCCCAACCUACGAUCUUGCUCAUGGCCUCUGUGAUAGCAUUGAGGGAAUUACACACUCGCUUUGCACGACCGAAUUCGAGCUGUCGCGUGUUUCUUACGAGUGGUUGAACGACAAACUUGACGUCUACCGACCCAUGCAACGCGAGUACGGCCGUUUGAACAUUUCCGGUACCGUUCUGAGCAAGCGCAAGAUCAUCAAACUCGUCAAGGACGGCUACGUGCGCGACUGGGACGACUGCAGACUAUACACGUUGAUCGCUUUAAGACGCCGCGGCAUUCCCCCCGGAGCCAUCCUCUCCUUCGUCAACGACCUCGGCUUGACCAAGGCCCAAAGCGUGAUCAGCAUUGCCCGUCUCGACCAGGCCAUCAGACAGUUCCUUGAAACCACCGUGCCCCGCCUCAUGGUCGUUAUGGAGCCAUUGAAGGUCAUAAUCGAGAACCUGGACGACGACUACGAGGAGAUCGUCGAGGUCCCAUUCAGUAAAGACCCAGCCUUCGGUACCAACAAGGUCCCUUUCACCAAGACCGUGUACAUCGAACAAUCCGAUUUCCGCGAAGUAGACGACCCGGACUACUUCCGUCUCGCCCAGAAGGACCCCGCCACCGGCACCGUCACUCUUGUGCGCGCCCGCUACGAAAAGCCGGCCGAAGGCGAGGCCCCCAAGAAGCAAAAGGUGACUUACAUCCACUGGGUCGGCGAGUCGGCCAAGCAAAACAGCCCCAUCAAGGCUGAGAUCCGCGCCUUCAACCCGCUCUUCAAGUCCGAGGACCCUAACUCUCAUCCCGAGGGUUUCUUGGCCGAUAUCAACCCUGAUUCCGAGCAGAUUUACCCCAAUGCCAUGGUGGACAUCGGAUACCACCAUGUCCGGGGCACUGCGCCGUGGCCGAAGGAGGAGUCGGAGGCAGGUGAUAUCAAUGCUAAUCAGCACUCCGUCCGUUUCCAGGGUAUGCGGAUGGCUUACUUUGCUGUGGAUCGGGAGACUACCGCUGACAAGCUCAUUCUCAACCGCAUUGUAACUUUGAAGGAUCCUGGAAAGAACUAG